UGGAGUUGGAAUGGACGGAGGAAACGCAAUGGUUUUACGAGUUUUUGUUAGGUUAUUCUGCAAAGGUUGCAAUACCAAAAAGCAUAAUCUUCGCUGUUCCAAUUUUUUCUGAUGUUAAAUCCUUUGAAUCGAAGUUUUCGUAAAUAAAUAUCAUUAAUUGAUAUACGGACUGAGCAGUGAACAUUGAUUCUGUAAAGUACAAAAUUUUUAACUUUAUACAUAGAACGAAACGUUUGUUUUGUCAGCGCCAAUGUUUGUUGAUGAUUUUUUGAAUUUUCGUAUCAUCCGAUUUUCUUGCAAUUGAUCAUGAACGCAAUAAACGUGAAUUGGUUACAUUCGGUUGAGGGAGAAUCGUUGGUGCAUCAUUUUUAUGUAAAUACAUCGAAAAAAAGAAGAUUUUAUGGUAUUCUUGAAAGACCACCUCUACCGUCUUCAAUUGAAGAAGUUACAUAUAAAAUUUUUAUGGUUGGCAGAUCCGGGGUAGGAAAAACCUCGGUUGUAGCACGUCUUGCUGGUAUAUUAGAAUCUAAUAAUUAUACUGAAACCAAUGGGAUAAAAAAGACAAAUGUAUUUUGGCCGGUUAAAAUUUGGGACAAAGUUGUAUUGUUUAAAUUACAAUUUUGGGACACUUCAGAAACAAGCAUUAAAAAAUACAAUCAUAUACUACCUGCAUGCAAAGAUAAAGUUGAUGCUAUAUGUUCUGUAUUCUGUUUCGAUGAUGCCAUGGGUUUUAAUGAUAUUCCAUAUUUGAUGAAUACAAUGUCCACAAUAAAGGAAAAACCAGCAAAUAUAGUCAUAGGAACAAAAUUUAAACCAUGGUCAAGUUCUACGAUAGAAGACGCGCGGAUAAAAGAAUUUGAAGACAAAUGGAAAGUUAAAGUUGUCAGGGUCGAUAUUAAUAAAUUGUCCUCAAGAUCCGAAAUAUUUGAUUGUUCAUAUCAGUUGAACACAAUAUGUAAUAUACUUUGGAAUAGAGAUAAAGAGUUUAUAUCUAAACAAAUGGGACAAAAUUAAGUAGUCAAUGAUUCAACUUCCGCAAAACCCGCGAACAUCUUUUACAAAGCUUUUAAUAAAGAGUAGGUAGUCUGUGGACGGUUAUUCAUUGGUAGAAGGUUGUCAGUACUUAAAGACAACUUCAGGAGACUUAAGCGUCAUUCAGUGGCGGCAAAAUUGGUGACUUAUCGAUUCGUUCUUCUCUUUAUUGUUUCUUUAACAAGAACAAUUUGAACAUCUUUAGGUAAUAAAUGGUGGCAACUAUAGUGGUUAACCAUAACGGGGAUGGCUUUGA